GCAUUAGCAGGAUUGUUCAUGUUGUUCAGAUAAAAGGGAAUAGGGCUGGACUGUGGGAAAUUAGUGAUAAGCCUCAAAAUACAUAAAAAACAAACCAAAGGUGAUUAAGACAUUAUUUUUAAGCACAUAAAACAUUCACAGAGGCAGAGUCUGUACGAGGUAGGGAGAGGAGGGGUCAGUUCAUACAUGCUCAGAUGAUUCUGUUUGGAAAACUUAGUGUAAACACGACAGAAAAGGAAACCUGAAUCCAGUUCCAGCCUCCCAUACAUAAACGCUGCAAAGCUCUCUGGAGAGUUUGCUGCAGAGCUACUUCUAGCUACUGCUCUAACCAAGGGGCAUAGCCAUCUCCCAUCGCUUGUCUCCAGGAAGUGAUUUGAUAAGUUAUGAAGCUGUCGGUUCUUGGUGCAACAGGUCAGUCCGGUCAGUUUCUGGUCUCACAAGCGCUACAGCAAGGCCAUGAAGUGACAGCACUUGUGCGGAAUGUCACCAAACUGACUGUUCAACAUAAAAAUUUGAAGGUGGUGGAAGCAAACAUCUUUUCAGCAGAACAGUUGUCGGGACAUUUUCAAGGUCAAGAUGCUGUCAUUUCCUGCUUGGGCUUCCCCUACAAGAUCUUCUCAGCAAUUUCAGGAUACACAGAUUCAAUGGAAGCGAUAGUGGCUGCCAUGCGGCUAGCCAAAGUGAACCGUGUAAUAACCAUGACAUCAUGGUACACUUCCCCUGAGUCUGGACAGAAUGCUCCACUGAUGGUGCGUUUUCUCCUCCUGCCACUCAUCAGAAGUGUGCUUACCAACAUGAAUCAGAUGGAGAACUACUUAGAGAAGGAGUGCAGUGACCUCAGCUGGACGGUAGUGAGGCCACCAGGACUUCAAAAUGUUCCAGCCACAGACAAAGAAAUCCUGACUCACGAAGGCUAUUUCGUUCCUGAUCCAAAUGGUUACCCAGUAACCAACUCAGUGGCAAGAGGGGAUGUAGCUCGCUUCAUGCUGUCUCUCCUCAACAGUAACGAAUGGCUAAAAAAAGGAGUGGCAAUGUGUACAAACUAGAGGUUGUAUUUUUCUUUGGCAGGAUAACAUAAGUAUCAACCCCAAAGCAGCGGCAAAGAACUUUCAAGCACUUAUGACACAAGAUAGACUUUUUAAAAAGACAAUUUUAUUAAGGCAAAAAUUACAAUAAAAUAGUAACAUACUAUAUCAUACAUUACAUAUUCAGGAGCAAGUUAAUAUUCAAAGAACCUGGCUAAAGAAGUUGCAGUUUGUUUGAAUCUUCAUUUGUCUUGUCACAAAAGAAUAAUUUUCACUCAUGAUCCUCAGAGGAGAUAAGCACCAAUAAUUCCCUCUGAAGUCAAGGAGAGCUUUGGGUGUUCCACAUCUCCAUUAAAUUCGGCCCUAAAUGUUUUCUAUAGUUAUCAAAUGCCUCAGGUUUGCUCUACCAUAUAACCACUCACAAAAGACAUUUACUGCUUCAGGUACUCCAUCACCACAAAUGUUAGGACUGAUUCUCUUCUCACAGUGGCUUGACAGCAGUGUAACGGCACUGGAGGUGCUCUUGAUUUACACUAGUGUAAGUGAGAGGAGAAUCCAGCCCAUAAUUACUUUUUUGUACCUAGGAUGUUAGCCUCCUAACUAUGUUGUUUAUUCUACUCUUCAGCUAAAAGACAGUAUCCUAGGAAAUCUAAAUAUAUGAACAGUGAGCUACAAACUUCUUGUAGAUUUAGGAGUUGAAGGUCAUGUCAUUAAUUCACAUCAGCACACAACCAUUUGUCAGGUCUGGUUAAAUAGCUGCUUAGCGGUGUCCCUCAGCUCUUUUUAAGGGAAGCCUUUCU